UUCCUCUCGUUUUCAAACUAUUCAGAGCUUACCCUCAUUAAAGGCAACCCAGACCAUUUCAGAUUCUCACGCAAAAACGUACCACACCAAAAAAAUUUCAGACAAACCCCAAAAGCAUGGCUACAACUUGGCUUGAAGCACUGCCGGCCGAUCAUAAAAAGGUCAUCAUGAAGAACCUGGUUCGCGGUCGGGACAGGGCGACGGAGCUUCAGUCUCAGCUCAACAACCGCAGCAAUGGCUCGACGUCGCUUUCGGCCCAGGAGCUUGUGAUGGAGAUCGUGUCGUCUUUCACUGAGAGUCUUUCUGUUCUGAGUGAGUCUUCCAAGUUGUGUGGUGAUGCUGAGCAUCAGUACUCCGGUACUAAUGGCUGUGGAGCCGGUGAGAUUGUUAAAGCGGAGGCGUCCCAUGUGGAACAGUCGCAUUGCGGUGACCGGAGCUCUGAAGAUUCCGGCGAGAGCAGGAAGAGGCCGGGUUAUAAGGAUCGGAGAGGUUGCUACAAGCGAAGAAAGAAUUCAGAGUCACGGUCAAUUGUUUCAUCCACAGUUGAUGAUGGUCAGGCUUGGAGGAAAUAUGGCCAGAAGGAAAUCCUCAAUGCUCCAUAUCCAAGGGCUUACUUCAGAUGUACCCGCAAGUAUGAUCAAGGUUGCCAAGCAACCAAACAAGUCCAACAAGUCCAAGACACCCCAAAAGUGUACAAAACCACCUACAUUGGAAACCACACGUGCAGAAACAUGAUCAGGGGUCCACAGAUGAUCAUGGGCGCCACCGAUCCUCCUACUUGGGAUUCUCAUGCUCCUCGUCGAUCUACUGUUAGCUCGGAAUCUGGAUCGACCCCAAUUUGCAAUAAGAAAGAACAUCACGGUGUUCAUGGUGGUCAUCUCCCUAGCUCGUCGUCUAUGAUUCCCUUGGUUUCGGUGAAGAAAGAGGAGUGCAAGGAGGGGACGACGUCGAGUGGUCUGACGGACAAUCUUAACGAUACAAGUGAUGUGUGGCCGGAGUUCAAGGAUGAUCAUCAUCAUCAUUUUGGGUUCCCUGAGACUACUGUAAUGUCUAAUGAGAAUGCGGUUUCGAACAUGCAGUACUUGGACAUGGACUUGGUGGUGAAGUCUAUUAAUUUCGAGAAUGAGUUUGAUUUUGAUUUUUGAUGAAGCUGCAUUUCCUUUAGGCCCCUAGAGCUAGUAAUGAAUAGCUAAGCUAGCUAGGUCCGAUUGUUAAUCAUGUCGCUUUUGAUUUGUAGCUUAAAUGUAUCAUUGUAUUUGAAAAGAAGAUCCCAAUAGCAUUUAAUCUUGUAAUGUGUUAGGCACCGUA